AUGGCCGAGGAGAGCUCCGAGGUGCCCGGGGAGUUGAUAGAAAGCAUAAAGGAUGUUCUUGGCAGAAAGAUAAAGAUUGCAUUGAAGAAGAAAGUAAAGCUGGAAGUGAAGGGAGACAAAGUUGAAAACAGAGUGUUGGUGCUCACGUCAUGCCGUGCCUUCCUCGUCACAGCACGAAUCCCCACCAAGCUCGAAGUAACCUUCAGCUACUUGGAGAUUCACGGUGUCAUCUGCAGCAAGCCAGCUCAGAUGGUUGUGGAAACUGAGAAGUGCAGCAUCUCCAUGAAGAUGGCGUCGCCCGAGGACGUGAGCGAGGUGCUGGCGCACAUCGGCACCAACCUGCGCAAGAUCUUCCCUGGCCUCUCCCCAGUAAGAAUCAUGAAAAAAGUCUUCAUGGAGCCAUCUGAGCGACUGGCCAGCCUCCAAGCUCUGUGGGACAGCCAGACUGUGACUGAGCAGGGCCCCUGUGGUGGAUUUUCUCAGAUGUAUGCCUGUGUUUGUGACUGGCUUGGAUUUUCAUACAGGGAAGAAGUACAAUGGGAUGUGGAUACAAUUUAUCUGACACAAGACACCAGGGAAUUGAAUUUACAAGACUUCAGUCAUCUUGACCACAGGGACUUAAUACCUAUCAUUGCUGCUCUGGAAUACAAUCAGUGGUUCACUAAACUGUCCUCUAAGGAUCUAAAACUGUCCACUGAUGUCUGUGAACAGAUCUUGAGGGUGGUGAGCAGGUCCAAUCGACUGGAAGAAUUGGUGUUGGAAAAUGCUGGACUUAGAACAGAUUUUGCACAAAAACUGGCCAGUGCUCUAGCACAUAAUCCCACUUCAGGGCUGCACACGAUUAACCUUGCUGGCAACCCACUGGAGGAUCGAGGUGUGUCCUCUUUAAGCAUUCAAUUUGCCAAACUCCCAAAGGGAUUGAAGCAUUUAAAUUUGUCUAAAACCUCAUUGUCACCUAAAGGGGUGAAUAGCCUUUCUCAGUCACUGAGUGCCAACCCUUUGACCGCCACCACUCUUGUCCAUCUGGACCUCUCAGGGAACAUCCUUCGUGGAGAUGACCUCUCGUCCAUGUACAGUUUUUUGGCCCAGCCAAAUGCCAUUGCUCAUCUGGAUUUAUCCAAUACUGAAUGUUCCCUGGACAUGGUCUGUGGAGCUCUUCUGCGUGGCUGCCUUCAAUAUUUAGCUGUGCUCAAUCUCUCCAGAACUGUGUUUUCUCACCGGAAAGGAAAAGAAGUACCGCCAUCUUUCAAGCAGUUUUUUAGUAGUUCUCUGGCUCUGAUGCAGAUCAACCUUUCAGGCACAAAACUGUCUCCUGAGCCCUUAAAAGCACUGUUAUUGGGCCUGGCUUCUAAUCAUAACUUGAAGGGAGUUUCUCUUGAUCUCAGCAACUGUGAGCUGAGAUCUGGAGGUGCGCAGGUACUAGAAGGCUGCAUUGCUGAAAUCCACAACAUCAGCAGCCUAGACAUCUCCGAUAAUGGUUUGGAAUCUGACCUAUCUACCUUAAUAGUGUGGCUCAGUAAAAACAGAUCAAUACAACACCUGGCGUUAGGCAAAAAUUUUAAUAAUAUGAAAUCCAAAAAUCUGACACCUGUGUUGGACAGCUUAGUACAGAUGAUUCAAGAUGAAGAAUCACCUCUGCAGUCCUUGUCCCUGGCUGACUCGAAACUCAAGACCGGGGUCACCAUCAUCAUCAACGCCCUGGGUAGCAACACUUCCCUGACCAAAGUGGACAUCAGUGGGAAUGGCAUGGGGGACAUGGGGGCGAAGAUGCUGGCCAAAGCACUGCAGAUCAACACCAAGCUCAGGACUGUUAUAUGGGACAAGAACAACAUUACCGCACAAGGCUUUCAAGAUAUAGCUGUUGCUAUGGAAAAGAACUACACGUUGAGAUUUAUGCCAAUUCCUAUGUACGAUGCUUCUCAGGCCUUAAAAACAAACCCUGAAAAGACAGAAGAGGCUCUCCAGAAGAUAGAAAACUAUCUGCUCCGGAAUCACGAGACUAGAAAAUACCUUCAAGAGCAGGCCUAUCGCCUCCAGCAGGGCAUUGUCACCAGCACCACGCAGCAGAUGAUUGACAGGAUGUGUGUGAAAGUACAAGAUCAUCUCAACUCCUUACGAAGCUGUGAGGGAGAUGCCGUCCAGGAAGAUUUAAAAUCAGCAGAAAGACUCAUGCAGGAUGCCAAGAACUCUAAAACGCUGUUACCAAAUUUAUACCAUGUUGGUGGUGUAUCUUGGGCGGGAGCCAGUGGUUUGUUAUCCAGUCCAAUUCAGGAGACCCUGGAAUCAAUGGCCGGAGAAGUUACAAGAGUUGUUGAUGAACAACUCAAGGCAUUGCUUGAGUCCAUGGUUGACGCUGCCGAGAAUCUUUGCCCCAAUGUGAUGAGAAAAGCCCACAUUCGACAAGACUUGAUUCAUGCCAGCACUGAAAAGAUUUCCAUCCCACGUACCUUUGUUAAAAAUGUCCUGUUGGAGCAGUCUGGAAUUGAUAUCCUUAACAAAAUUAGUGAGGUGAAGUUGACAGUGGCCUCCUUCCUGUCUGAUCGAAUCGUGGAUGAAAUUCUGGAUGCACUUUCACACUGCCAUCACAAAUUGGCUGACCAUUUCAGCAGACGUGGCAAGACCCUUCUUCUGCAAGAUUCCUUGGAGAUGGAGCUUGCUGAGGAGAAGCCGGUUAAACGCUCCAUCAUCACGGUGGAGGAGCUCACGGAGAUAGAGCGUUUGGAAGAUCUGGAUACCUGUAUGAUGACUCCUAAAUCCAAAAGGAAGACUAUCCACAGCCGAAUGCUGCGGCCUGUUUCCAGGGCUUUUGAAAUGGAAUUUGAUCUAGAUAAAGCCCUAGAAGAAGUGCCCAUUCAUAUCGAAGACCCGCCUUUUCCAUCCAUCAGACAAGAGAAGCGGAGCUCAGGGUUGAUCUCUGACUUGCCCUCCGAGGAAGGAAGGAAGCUGGAGCACUUUACCAAGUUAAGACCAAAACGGGCUAAGAAGCAGCAGUCCACACACCCAGCGGGCUGUGCUACCAGCAUAGUCUCCCAAGAUGGUGAGCAGAACGGUCUUAUGGGGAGAGUGGAUGAAGGUGUAGAUGAAUUUUUCACCAAGAAGGUGACCAAAAUGGAUUCCAAGCGAUGGUCAGCGAGGGGCUCAGAGUCCCACGAGCUUAGUGAAGGAGGAGAUGAGAAGAAAAAACGCGACUUUCGGAAAACCGGCUUUCUCAAUUUAAUCAAACCCCGGACCAAACCUGAGCGGUCCUCAACAAUCUUGACAGCAGAAGAACUCUGCUCCCCCAAGGCGGGAGUCAGAAGUCCAGCUGUGGAUGCCCCCAGGAAGGACACAAAGCCAGCCGAGCACAAUGGCAGUGCUGAUCGGAUGGAGGAGAUCAAAACACCUGACUCCUUAGAAGAAAGUCAAGGAGAAGACGUGGGGAAGGUGGACCGGAGUGACAGCAAGGGCAGCCCACAGGGAGGGCGAAGGUACGGGGUCCAGAUGAUGGGCAGUGGGCUGCUGGCGGAGAUGAAAGCCAAGCAGGAGAUGAAAGCCAAGGCCGCUUGCUCACUGAAGAAACUUGGGAAUGAUGCUGUCUCCCAGGAUUCUUCCAGCCUGACCUUGAGCAGCACAGAACGGUUGGAUGGAGGUGGGGCUGUGCCUAAAGUGCAUCCAGAGAACCGCUUCGGUUUGGGAACCCCAGAAAAGAAUGCCAAAGCCGAGCUCAAGGCAGAGGCGGGCUCUAAGCCCCGGAGCUUUUCCAACAGGCCCACCAGCCCGAAGCCCCUCCUGCAGGCCCCCAAACCCAACCUGGCUGCGCGGCCCACCAUUCCGCAGAAACCAAGAACUGCCUCGCGGCCUGAGGAUGUCCCAGACUCUCCAUCCAGUCCGGGUUCUCCUAAAGUCGCUCUUCUUCCACCUGUCUUGAAAAAAGUUCCUUCAGACAAAGAGAGAGAUGGCCAGGGCAGCCCGCAGCCCAGUCCUAGGACCUUUUCCCGGGAAGUGUCCAGGAGAAGCUGGAGCCAGCAGGCCCAGGAGUGUCAAGAGCAAAAGCAGUGGGCCUCCAGUAAAGACGGCCAGCCAGGCAGCAAAUGCAGCGACUCUGGGGAAGAAGCAGAAAGAGAGUAUAUUUUUGUGUAA